AUGCGCGUGACCCGCUCCGUUUCGUCGCCCAGUUGUCGGCGGCGACGAUCAGGGCGACUAGCCCAGGGGCGGGCAUUACACGUGUUCGCCUGGCCUCGCCGAAGGCAUCAAUCAUCGGCGCCCCUGGAUACACGCAGCACUGCUCCCCCCUUUGGGCCCUUCGCCCCGAUCUUUCGCCUCUGGAGGUGGGCCCCCGUCCUGGGCCCGCCGGCGGCGCCGCGCGGGCGGGACUGGGUGCUGGCCGCGGGCGAGGGCGGGGGGCUGCACGACGUGACGCGCAGGUACGCCGCGCGCUGGACCGCCACGCUGGCCGCGCGCGGCUCGCUGGGGCGCCGCUUCGAGGCGCUGGUGGCCGCCCUGGCCGAGCCGGGCGCGGCGGGAGAGCUGGACAGCCAGGCCGUGAGGCUGGCGCGGGCCGACCUCCUCGACGAGGAGUCGCUGGCGAGGCGGGCGCAGCGCGAGCCGGUGCCGACGUCUCGCGCGGGCUUCAAGCGCCACUGCGGGUACGUGCUCGAGUCGCAGCUGCGCCAGAACGAGGUGGUCCACCCGGCCGGGGCCCGUCCGGCGGGGCUCUUCCGCGGGCAGGAGAGGAUCUGGCGCCGGGCCGACGUGCAGGAGUUGCGCUCCCCAGCGCAGUGGCGGCGGCAGGGCCGCUGCGUGCGUCAGGGCGAGCGGGCCGUCAAGACGCUCCGGGGCGGCAGCGCUUUCCAGAUGCCGCUGUACGGCGCGUGGCAGACAGAGCCCGCGCCGGAAGAGGCCCCCUCGGCGCCGGCCGCGCAGGACCAGCUCGGCCCCAUCCCCGGCGUCAACAACUACGGCAACCUGGAGCUGAUCGGGCCUGGGGCCGCGCAGGCCCUGCCGCCCGGCGUGGUGCACGUGCCGGACGACGGGCCCGUCGUCAGGUCGGUCGCGGCCCGCCUGGGCGUGGAGUUCGCCCCCGCGGUGGUGGGCUUCGCGCACGAGCGGGGGGGCGCGGUGAAGCCGCGGUUCGGCGGCGUGGUGGUCUGGCAGCGCGACGCGCCCGCGGUGGCGGAGGCCGCGGCGGCGGAGAGGGAUCGCCUGGAGGCGGCGAAGGAGCAGAAGACGGCCGAGCGGCUGGAGUCGGCGUGGCGGCUCCUGGUGAAGAACGUCCUGGUGGACCUCUACGUGGAGGGGAGGUACGCCUCGGCAGGGUGA